CUCUAACAAUCAGUUCACAUCCACAUCUCUAAAGUGAAACAAGUAAAGUUUCAAAACGAAUAUCAGAGUACGUUUACUAUGUAUUUACUUUUACUAGCGCUACUUUGUAUUUUUCAUCCAAUAACAUCCGAACAAAACCUCGUUGAUGGAAGACGAAGUUGUUUCAAUACACCGCGUUCUAUUUUGGACAAUCGGUCUUUUUUAGUACGGGACUUUUUGGGUCGUGAGAAAUCUCACGAUGUACGUCUAACUGCUACAGAAUAUGCGCGGCGUUCUGUUACUAGAAAAUCUGAAGUUAAUCGCAACGUAAGACAAACUUUGAAAUACGAACAUGAAGCAAUUAGAACACAAAAUGACCUGCCCCAUCAUAUUGACCGCUUCGCCCACAACCGUAAUACAGAUGAAAGUAUCGUUAAUCGCUACCGUCUUCGUGAUUCGCAGUAUUUUAGACCUCAGAUCACAACAAACAUAAUCGAUAGCAGACGUAAUAUUAUAACUUCGAACGUUGAUAGAAGCCGUCGUGCUGUAAACAGGGCUGACAUACGAAAACAGGUGCACAGAAUGCGAACCUUUACCGAGGGCAGAGAUUUUAGAGCAGAAGCUAGUCGUACAGAAUCCCGUAGAGAUGCCAACAGCCGUGGAGAUAGUGCAUUCCAUUUAUCAAAUGAAUCUAUAUUCUUUAGACAAACCAGACAUAUCAACGAACAUAGGAUACCAAAUUCUAUUCGAAACAAUAUUCGCAUUAUUUCAGGGCGCUCAACCGAACGCACCUCGACCUCACAACAAGCUAAUCCUAGAAGCAUUCAACUUAAAGACCAUACUAGGACAGACAAACAAAUAACAAUUGAAUCCAGGCGUAAUAUUGUUUCACAAUUAUCGCCUACGAGAGGAAUAUCAUUGAGGCGCAAUAAUAACGAAAAUCUAAGAGUGACUGAUAACUUACGCCGAGAGAGUGUUCGUAGGGAAGGCGAUGCAACGAGAGUUAGAUUAUUCGCACGCAAUUCUGAAAAGCGAAACUUGGACCGCAAUCUUCAAGAGGCGACGAGAAUUAAUCAUGGAACAAGACAAGAACAAAAAAAUGUUAACAGCAUUGAAACAAAUCGUAGAUAUUUCAAAGAAAGGGAAAUAUUGAACAUUAGAAAUAAAAUUAGGAACACUGAUGAACAAAGAAAUCUAUACAGAGAAAACAGAAUGAACACUCGUGCAGUGUACAAGUCACUCAGUUCUGAUUUACUUGGCUUGGAGCGAGACUCAGUUGGAUGGAGAAAAACAUAUAGAGACUCUCGGAAUAUUAGAAAAAAUAGUCAAGAAUUAAGAACAAGACAAGAACACGCAGUUACCUCAUAUAAGGAUGGCAAACGUAAUUUUAAUAAUAACGAAGAACGCUCUGUUGCACGACGCGAUACUAGAUUUGACUAUAAUCGGAUGCUCAGAACAAGCGAUCGCGAAAUUCUAGAAUUACGCGUCAAUGAUAUUGCAAAUCGCAGAAUCAGAUCGGAGCGAAUCUUCGCAACAGAGAAUAAAAAUACUGCUACUUUAAAUUGGCAAAUAUUAUUCGUUGCUUUUCAAGGGAUCUACAUUUGCCAUAUCAUCUGGAACAUGUCGGCGGACAAAACAUCGGCAAAGAAAGAAAAAUUCUUCUCUUGGCUCACAACUAACGCUCUGAAGAUUGAUUAAACGGCUUGGUAUACUGACACAAUUCACGGAUAUCGUCAAAUACAAAAUUUAUCGAAUGUUUAUUCUCAUGUAGCCUAUUACUUACCUAUAUUAUGUAGAUCGUGUUAGAAAUAUAUAAUUAUUUAACGUUA